AAAGUUUAAUAAAACUAGAUGUCCAACUUGAAGAUAAUAAAUAUGAAAUAAGAAUAGAUAAUCAGCUUAGAGGUAAUGAAAGUAGAAUAGGAAUAGAUAGUGACGAUGAUAAAAUAGAUAGUCAGCUUGAAGAUAAUGAAGAUAGAAUAAGAAUAGAUAGUCAGCUUGAAGAUAAUAAAAAUAAAAUACUUAGAGAUAAUAAAG